AAACACAGCUGAAAAUGCUGUACGCCGAUGUGGGAGGAGAGAAUCAUCUCGAAUUUACCGCCUACCGUAUCCUGUACUACAUCUUUACUAAAAACACUCUUGAUCUCACGACCAUUCUGAAGUCGCUCACAGCGGCCGACAAGGCGAGCGAUGUCGUUCGAUUCGCGCUUCAGCUUCGAUCGGCCUGGGCGCUGAGUAAUUACAGUUCUUUCUUCAAGUUGUACCGCGAAGCACCGCUGAUGGCGGGUUAUUUGAUCGAUUGGUUCAUCGAGCGAGAACGCAAAUUAGCGCUCAAAGCCAUUAUCAAAGCUUAUCGGCCCAAUAUUCCGGUGGAAUCGCUGUGCCAAACGUUGGCCUUUGGCAGCGAGGAGAAGUGUUUGGAGUGGUUACAGUCGUUAGAAAUAAGCGUCGUGUCUGUUCCCGUGCCACAAUCGGCGAAGCCAAAGGCCCCCGAAGAAGGAGGAGCUUCCACGGUGGCGGAAGGUGUUUCUGCUGAUGCUUCCGGUGUUGCUGCUGUUACUGCUGCUGCUGCUACUGCUGUUGCUAAGGUGGAGACAAAGAAGAGUGCAUUUACCAGCAAGGCUACGACGGUUGAUGCUGGUGGUAUGCGUAAUGUGGUCGAUUGCAAGACGAGCAUGAACGUGCUCGGGAAUUUCUAAGCUCAAUCAGUGGCCGCUGCAUCCAAAGCGCCUAACGAGUGUUAUAGCAUCGUACCGCACGACCAAGUAGCCAUUGGAACGGGAUGGAAUGGAAUAUCUUCCAGCUAGUGAUUACGCCUCAUGGAAAACAGGGGCACCACAUCUUCCACCCCACUCACCGCGUUAAGGCAACAUGGUUCUUGAUUUUUAUCGAUUGAACCAUAUGCCGAGAUAAGAACGAUGCCCUUGCCGCACUGCACCGUAAGGAUUGCGAUGGAGAGAACUACGAGGCAAUUCAAAUCUUGCUGGACGAUGGCAUAGUAAUUGACCGUCACCCCACGAAGCGAGUCUCUCACAAAAUAGUGCUGCUACUGAAAGAGGAGAAAAUUGUUUUAGAUUUUUUCCUCUUUCACGGAUCAAGUCAUCCGGAUGCGCUGCAAAGGUGCAUUCGGAGUCUACUGCGUUGCGUACCGUCUGCGAACGAAUCAAGCAUCAUCGAUAGUGAUGUGUUGGGGGUCUUCUGUGAUAACGCUCGGCAGUGCAUAUUGCUUAGGAGAGGCGCAGUCGUGUGAUCAUCGGAAUAGUGUACGUGUGCGUGUGUGUUUGUGUGUAUGAAUGCGUGGGUGUGCAUUUGCAUAUCGUGCACUUAGCUGGACAUGAAACACUGACACUCUCACAAUUUCCUGCGGAACGAAGUGGUGUUGUAGCAAACGCGUGAUGCAACCUGGAACAAAUCUUUUUGCGUAUAUAGCGAGCGGCGGUUCCAAGAGUCCGUCACCUUCCAAGCUAUCUUUAUCUCGCGAAUGAAGAUUAGUAAUUGGUUGUCUCCCAUGGACACGCGUGAUAGAAUAGUCUUGAUCAAAGGCCUGAGAUUCCGCAAAAGCUACAGCUGGGAAGCUAGUACUAGUUGCCCUAGCAACGAAAAGGAAAUCACUAGUGGGAAGGAAAAAUGACGAAUCCGAUUUUCAUCGAUGGUCCCCCAUUCACCAACUCGCAAUGGACCAGCGCAAUCUGUUCGCACAAACCAUCAUGCACCAGCCCUCUUCUGCCAUUCUUUGCCCAUCUCCACUGAGCGUAUCAUCGGGGCCUCCGUUAUCUUCCGUAAGCAUGAUCCGUCAUGUCGAAAUUAAUUGACGAGACAAGCGACAGCAAUUCAAUCUUCAAUCGAAGCAACGUGAAGAGACAAAAAGUGUUGUUUCGUUAGUUAAACCACGGUGAAAAUAUUUGUGGAAAAGUGAAUGCGUUAAACAGAGUGUUUAGCGUUAAGGCCCGAGAGAACAGUUUCUAUUAAGUUCGGUUGGACGUUGAAGGUGGGGUAAGGGUAUAGUGUACGUUAUGCAUCAAGCGUUUGUUGCAUUCCGAUGCGCCAGUACAAGUGUGCGAUGCUGUAUAACAAAGACUAUGGACCGUUUCGUGCAGGAACUGUGUUAUCUUCAUCUGUUAUCCGGCGUGGGGGUAAACUGGAUGGCGCACGUGCCUGGAGCCAGCCUUCAGAGUGCAGACCGUCUGCAGCGGACUUCAUCCUUUAAUCAACACAUUCCGUCCUGACUUGUUGAACCUUUUCCUUCGUAUCGACAAAUCCCCGUCCCACUCUAUACACUCGAAACAUCCCGUCCCUAAAUUUGUGACUCGUCAUCGAGCCGCGAUUCCGCUUCCUUCCUAAGACAAUUCCCCUGGACAACUGUAACGGACCGCUGUGUUGUUGUGUGUCUUUUCGGGUUCUCCGGUUACUACUGCGUGCGAACUGCUCGUCUACUACUGCAAACGCGCACUCGCGCAACAAUGAGAUGCAACAUAGCAAGCUGGGGGUGCACAGAGAGCAAGGUGUAGAGCCUGUGGCUUCAGCGCUCUUUGAAUGAAAAACCACCUGAACACCGUCAUCGAUUAUCACUGAUAUUGUGCUGGAUCGCUCAUCGCCACCAAUGAGCUACCCUACACUAUUGGAUCUGUUUUGUUUUGUUAUUUGUUAAACAUUGUACAUAACUACAAUUACGAGCCUGAGCUGAUAAAUGAUUAAUAUCAGGAGCAUCGAAAUGCGCGCGCUGCAUUAGCUUCAAAUAGAAUGCCGCUGCGUGCCGGUCAUUUCGGGCGACAGGAGAUCGCUUCAAGCGUUAUUGAUUAUGAAGAAGAAUAGCUACGACGAUAAAAUUGGCGCGACAAAGGCAUUGGGAAUACGUCCCGUGUGAAUCGUUGUCGCAAACAAAUGGUUGGUACAAAUGAAAUGUGUACGAGAAACGCGAACCCGUAUCUUCUUCUCUCCUGAUGCUCAUGAUGUGAUGUGAAUAGUAAGAUUUUUUAAUAAAUACAUCUUUUAGUAAAUAAA